AUGGAGCCCAUCCUCGCCGAUAUCGACCGAUUCAUUGAUGACCUGGAGCCAGUGCUCUGGCCGCUGAAUAAAUUCAUUCACAGCCAUCCAGAGCUUGCAUACGAGGAGCACAUGACACACGAUGCCCUCUGUGCUUUUAUGGAGGCCCAGACGGGCUGGGCAGUGACUCGCUCUGCGUAUGGCAUGGCGACGGCUUGGUCGGCCGCGUACGACACCGGUGUACCCGGGCCCGUCGUCAAUUUUAAUGCUGAGAUGGACGCCCUUCCCCGACUCGGCCACGCGUGCGGGCACAACCUGAUUGCCGUCGUGUCGGUCGCUGCGGCUCUGGCAACGGCCGACACGCUCCGCCGCCAGACGCUGCCCGGAAAGGUCCUUGUCGUCGGGACACCCGCCGAAGAGGGCGGUGGCGGCAAGAUCCGGUGCCUGGCCGCCGGUGCGUACGACGGCGUCGACGUCUCCAUGAUUUCGCACCCGGGCAUCGCCCACAACAGCGCCCUCGUACGCACCGCCGCCUUCACCCGCCUGCGCGUCCGCUACACCGGCCGCGCGGCCCACGCCGCGCAGCAGCCCUGGCGCGGCAUCAACGCCCUGGACGCCCUUGUGGUCGCGUACACGGCCAUCGCGGCCCUCCGGCAGCAGACGCAGCCGGACGAUGUCAUUGGCCUGCACAUUACCGACGGUGGCGACGGCGGCACCAACAUCAUCCACGCCCAUGCGGCUGGUGUCGCUGUGCUGCGGGCCGCCCAUGCCCACCGCCUGCGCACGCUGCAGGGCAAAGUCGAGGGCUGCUUCUGCGCCGGGGCCGACGCCACCGGCGCAUCGGUCGCCAUCGACGUCGAGCUGGGUUACCUCGACCACGUGCCGAACCGCGUGCUGGCGGCGCAGUACGCGGCGCAUUGGGCCGCCCUCGCCCCGGUGGACGACCGGCCGAACCCGCCGCUGCGCGCAGACGGCCCGACCUGGAUCAAGAGCAGCACCGACCAGGGCGACGUCAGCUACGUGCUGCCCAGCAUCAAUGUCAGCUUUGCCGUCCCGCCGGCCGGCAGCGGAGGCGCGCCGCACAGUCCCGACUUUGAAGCGGCCUCGGGGACGCGUGGUGCCUUUGCACGGGCCAUGCGAGUCGCCAAGGCCAUGGCGGGGGCGGCCACAGACCUGUAUACGACGCCGGGGCUGCUGGAUGCCGAAGCGCACCUCCACCGCGCGGCCGCGCAGACCGUGGACGCCAACCACGACGGUCUCGCCGGGGACGAGGUCGACAAAGUUGUCGUCAAAGACGGCGUCGGCCACGCCCUCUGUCGGCGACACAUGCAGCGUGACGCCCUUGGUGGGCGCAUUGGCCGUCAGCAGGACCUGGUCGCCGGCGUCGGACACGGUCGCCGUGACGGCCAGCGCGGGCGACAUGCGCACCAGCCGCAGCGGCUCGGGCCAGGAGACCCAGCGGGCGAGGCGCGUGGGCGGCGCCGCCGUCGCCGACGUUGGCGUAGCAGGGCCGUCGAGGUAGGCGACGACGACCGUGCGGUCGGCCGCGGGAAUGGCCAUGUGGCGCACCAGCUCGGUCGUCUGGUUCGGCGCCAGCACGACGCUGCGCGUCGCGGCGACGCCGUGCGGCAGCGGCACCGGGGCGCCCGUCUCGACGUCGUAGGCGGCCAGCGUGAGCGUGGCGUGGCAGGCCGCGAGGGCGCCGUUGACGGCCCAGACGUCGAGGGCGUGCCGGUCGGGCGGAUAGCCCGUCGUGAUGUAGGGCGGCGCGCCGGUGACGGUGCGCUCCAUGCCGACGACGGCCGGGGCGAGCGCGCGCUUGGUGAUGUAGUAGGCCGGCUUCGGGCGCCGGUCCACGUCGACGAGGGCCCAGCUGGUGCCGGGCCAGAUGUCGUUGAGCUGCCACACGAGCACGCCGGCGCAGUGUUCUUCGCCGGGCCCGCGGAACGCGCGGCGCCAGCAGUUGUAGGCGUAGCGGAGGGCCUCGGCCUGCAAGAACUGCGUGCAGUACACAAAGUCGCGGAAGGGGUUCAUGCGGAAGCGGAAGUUCUCGCCCAUGUACAUGGGGUAGCGGCGCGCGUGGCCGGGGCCCUUGUCGUGGAUGUCAAAGAGGCGCGACUGCGCGUGGCGCUCCGCGGGCACAGUGAUGCCGCGCUCCAUGGUGGCCAGGGACGCGCAGGACUCGAAGCCGAACUCACUGACAAAGCGCGACAUGUGGGUGUCGCCGACGGUGGUGUCGUUGGAAAAGGCGCCGCCGUAGGGGCUGCUGCGCCAGUAGGGCACGUCGCCGCCGAGGGUCUCGACAAUGGCGGGCAGCACGCGCUCGUAGAUUUCGCGGGCCGGGAAGUUGGUCUGGUCCCAGGGCCCCGUCUCGUCGCUCAUGUCGAGGUCCCAGCCCCAGCGCUCGGCCACCAUGUAGUCCUCGUUGUUGCCGGCCCAAAGCGCCAGGCUCGCGUGGUGGCCGACGCGGACCACCUGCUGCUCGGCCUCGCGGCGCACGCUGUCCAGGAAGUCGCCCGAGGCCGGGUAGUUGCCGCAGGCGAACAAAAAGUCCUGCCACACGAGCAUGCCCGCCUCGUCGCAGAGGUCGUAAAAGUCGUCCGACUCGACGAUGCCGCCGCCCCAGACGCGGAUCAUGCUCUGGUGGCCGUCCUUGGCCAGCUGUAUCCAGUCGCGGUAGCGCUGGCGCGUCAUGCGCGGCAGCAUAAAGUCGCCGGGGAUCCAGCAGGAGCCGCCGCAGAAGAGGCGGAUGUUGUUGACUUCAAAGACAAACGACGUGCCCGCGGCCUCUUUGAGCGGGUGCUGCAGCAGCCGGAGGCGGCGCAGGCCAAUCCGGCGGCUGGUUCUGGUGCUGUCUUGAGGCGACGCUGCGUCGGAGAGGGCCACGCUCGCCGACACGGUGUAGAGAGGCUGGUCGCCGUACAUGUGUGGGUACCACAGCUGGGGCGUGUCCACGGUGACGGUCGUGGCAAAGGACCCAUCCGCCGCUGUCUGGAGCGUGUGGCUCUGGAGAGACGCGCCGGAGGGAUCGCUGACGUGCAGAUGGACGUCCUGCUGCGCCUUUGCGACCGUCUCCACGCGGCCCUGGAUGCUGAUGGUCGCGGCCGUCAAGUCGUCCGACACCUGCUGGCGGACCACCAGUCGGUCGAUGCGGGUCUCGUAGACUUCGAGGUAGACGGGCUUCCAGGGCCCCGACGUGUUGACGGCCGGGCCCCAAUCCCAGCCCUAAGAAUCGUAUUAGCAUGUACUCGUACCAAUGGUACCACGACACAAACAUACCCAAUGGUACUGCGCCUUGCGCAAAAAGAGACGCUCCGGCCCGCCAAAGUGCACGUCCGUCUCGUUGCCCUUGUAGCCGAUGCGCUUCUUUUCCUGCCGCGAAAACGCGGGCGCCGCCUUGAACAGCAGCUCCAGCGACAGCGGGCCACCGGCUGCGCGCAGCUGAUCCGUCACGUCGACGCGGUGCUCGACGUGCAUGUUCUUGCUCGACAGGAUCCGCGUGCCGCCCAGAAACACGUCGACGACGGUGUCGAGGCCCUCGAAGACGAGAACGGCCCGCGCCUGCGGCGUCGGCAGCGGCGUCGCGGGCAGGGUCGUGCGGUAGGUCCAGUCGGCAUCGUUGACCCAGAGACACGCGAGCUCGUUGUCGUCGAUGUACGGGUCGGGAAUCAGCUUGUGGUGCAACAGGUCGAUGUGGGCGACCGUCGGGAACUGGGCGACGGGCAAAAACGACGAGGCCGUCGCGUUGUUGAGGCUGCUGGCCUGUUUGAAUUCCCAGCCUUGGUCAAUGUCCACUCGCUUGACAGCCAUUUUGACGGGAGUGAGGUGAAACAACAGUUACUUGGAUUGAGAAUGGGCAGAAGACGUCUACAGACAUGA